AUGCUUCGCCAUUUCGGAAAAGCCAGUUGUCCAUGGGUUACGCGCACUGGUGCCGGUCGUGAUGUGGCCCUUUGCACUGCGACCGUACGUUAUAACUGGAAAAACACGAUUCAGUCACGUCAUGUGUCUGUGAGCGCGACCUCUAUGAAGAACAUUUAUGACAUUGUUAUUAUCGGAGGAGGCGUAGCAGGAACCGCUUUGGCCUGUGCUCUUGCCGCUAACCCUCGACUCAAGCACCAGCGAGUGGCUCUCGUCGAAGCGAUGGAUCUGAAAAAAACGCUUGAAUGGGUCCCUGAAGAUAACAAAUUUUCUAAUCGAUGCGUGUCACUGACGCCGGCCUCCAUGGCCUUUUUUGAAAAUAUCGGCGUCGGUAAGCAUCUGCACCAGAGCAGAGUGAACGGAUACCGUGAUAUGGAAGUAUGGGAUGGUGUUUCGGGGGCUCGCAUUUCUUUUGAUGCUGCCGCUCUUGGCUUGACCGAUGCGGCCCAAGAUGGGACUAACCCCAGCAUUGCCUACAUGAUCGAAAAUGUCCAUUUGCAAAACGCUAUUCUUCAACGACUCAAGGAAUUACAAACGCAGAAAUUGGGAGCAGAGGUCACCCUUUUGGAAAACGCCCGCGUAGCGUCGAUUGAAAAAACUGCAGAAACCCUUGAUGAAGAAGCACUGGAUCUGUCCGAUUGGCCUACAGUUCAACUCGGCAGCGGUGACGCGUUAAAGGCCCGACUUUUGAUUGGUGCAGAUGGUGUGAAUAGUCUGGUACGCAAUUUUGCCGACAUAGAGUCACUGGGUUGGGAUUACGAUACACACGGUGUGGUCGCUACGGUGCGACUGGAUCCCGACCGACCUAACAACACCGCUUGGCAACGUUUCUUACCGACCGGCCCCAUUGCCAUGCUACCGCUGAACGACGAAUACGCUUCCAUGGUAUGGUCUACGAAACCGGCCCUUGCCAAGAUGUUGAAGAGUGUGUCAGCCAAAGAUUUCUGUCACCUGAUCAAUGCGGCCUAUCGCAAUACACCCACCGAUCUUGCCUAUCUUUACAGUCAGAUCAAUAAGAGCACCCAUGUGAGCCGAUGCGAUAUUGGCGCAGAAUACGCAUGGCGAGAGGAAGUGGCAACGAAAUCACUGGAUGAGAACGAUCUGUGGCAGCGCGAACACAGUUUGCCGCCACAAGUGAUUGACGUACAAGAAGGCACGCGAGCCAGUUUUCCCUUGAAAUUACGAAAUUCCGAACGCUAUGUCACUGAUCGUAUCGCUCUUGUUGGUGAUGCGGCCCACGCCACUCAUCCAUUGGCUGGCCAAGGUCUGAAUCAGGGAUUAUUGGAUGUGGAAAGUAUUUCCAAUGUCAUUGCCACGGGUGUUUCCGAGGGCCAGGAUCUUGGUAGUAUUCACUUAUUACGACAUUACGCUGCUGAUCGUUAUGUCCGUAAUAUUGCCAUGAUCUCAGCUUGUGAUAAAUUACACCGGUUAUUCGGCACAGAUGCGACACCGGUUGUAUGGUUGCGCUCUUUGGGCUUAUCGACGGUCAAUAGUCUCGACUUUGUCAAGGCAAGAACCCGAAACGAUAACCAUGCAUUACCCAUGCUAACCAUGUUUUCAUAA